GGCACAGCGCGUCUGUGACGUCACAGCAAGUUGUGUUGACAGCUAACGUCUGCUAGCCUGAUGCUAGCUGCCGUGCUGCAUCCUAAACGGAGUUUUUCCGAGUCCUUCCAGGUUUUAUUUACGUAUUCUCGCCACGUGUGGUCUGCUGUCGCUGUGAGUCAUGCAGGAAAACUACAGCGAGACCGGCUUCGUCAAACAAAUGCUCGAUUUUAAUUUCGUGCCGAGGAAAAAUGGAACCCACCGCGGAAACGACACGUACCUCAGCGACUUCUCAGAGAUGUGGUAUGGAGUCUUUAUGUGGGCGGCGGUUUCCUCUCUGGUCUUCCACCUGCCUGCAGCGCUGCUCGCCCUCACGACCCUGCGACAACACAAGAUAGCACGCUUUAUGCCCCUCGCCAUCCUCCUCAUGGGAAUAGUGGGACCAGUGUGUGGAGGCGUCCUCACCAGUGCGGCCGUAGCUGGUGUCUACAUGGCAGCAGGGAAAAGGAUGAUCUCCUUGGAGGCACUGGUUUUCGGUGUAGGACAAUCCUUCUGUGUCCUCAUCAUCUCCUUCCUCAGGAUACUCGCCACGCUUUAGCAGCGCUUAGAUCUGACACCCCCAAGCUUCCACGUCGGUAUGAAGCUCAUGACAUCUCUGCGGUGAUAGCUGAAAGCUUCACCCCGUGCGAAGAAACAUGAUCUCUGGACAAAAUAAAUAAAUCACUGCAAUCCUGAGAGAAAGUCUAGAGACGAUCGCCACUCAGGACAGAAAAUGUGCGUGACGUCAUCAGGCCGUGAUCUCUGGGAAAGUGUUUAAAGCGGGUUUUUUUUUUUUGUUGUUUUCUUUGUGUGACGUCAAGCAGCAGGUUUGAACUUUUCUCAGGGUUCUGUGUUCGUCUCAAAAAACAAAACACAGACUGCACAAAAAAAAAAAAAAUACAGUCAUCGCACUCGCACAGGAUAUGAUGCGCAUAUGCAAGUUUUUCCCCUCCCUCCCAUUGAGGCCUUACUUUAUAUUUUGUCACAUCCAAAGUGGGAUUUAAUUCUUCAGGGCUGACUUAUUUAACACAUCAUCACUCAUGCUUCCUUUCCUCAUUUUUCCGAUCAGUAUAUAUAUAUAUAUAUAUAUAUAUAUAUAUAUAUAACAAUUCUGCAAGAAUUUUAAAUAUUUUUUUACAGGAGUCAAGUGUUAAAAUAAUUGGAAAUAAGCCAAAAAGUCACAAGAAUCAAAAUUUGAACACCUCAAAUUUUACAGAGCUGUCUGUUAUUAUGAGAAUCACAUUUUUAAGUGUAAUGAUUCUCUUUAAAAUGUGUUUUUGUUUUUGUUUUUUUUUGUUUUUUUUGCACAAUUACAAGUGUACCUCAUUGAUCUCAUGUUCCUACAGAAUUAAACUUCUUUAAAGUAUCAAAUAAAAUAGUAAGUGUUACAUUUUGGCAUUUCUUUUUCUUGUUUUUCUGGUUAUAAACAGUUGUUUAAAUAUGAUCUUCUGUGUGUUGUAGAAUUUUACAUUUUGAUUGAGUCAAAUGUGGGUUUAUUACAACCAUUACAUAUUUCUGUUAAGAAAAAAAAUAUUUUUU